AUGUACCUCUGUGCCUCCACAUUGUGGAGACUGAGAAGCUUGACCCAAUGCAUGCAAGAAGCAGAAGAGCCGAAGAAGAAGAACAACAACAACAGGAAGAAGAAGAGGAAGAGCGAACCAAAACCCACAUGCGUUCCAAAAACGAUAUGGAACGAGGAAGAAGAGCUUAUGCUACUAAAGAUAUUCGAGAAGAUGAGGAAGUUUCAAGGACUCUUGCAGGCUUACUUGAACGCUAAAGCGCCUGCUUAUGGAAUGCGAGAGCGAAUGAAGGCUGAUAAUAUAUUUCCGAACAAGUCCACGGCUGCUCUGCUUUCUCAAGGUGAUCCAUUUAAGAAGACUGCUAUCUCUGAGAUUCUUGAUUGA